ACUAAACGCAAACAUGGCGGCGUCCUUAGAUGAUGAUUUUGAGUCUGAUAACCAGGAUUACUACUCUCUGCUCAACGUCAGGAAAGAGGCUACAUUGGAGGAGCUAAAGGCGUCAUAUCGGAGGCUGUGUAUGCUCUACCAUCCUGACAAACAUCGAGACCCAGAGCUGAAAAGCCAGGCUGAGCAGCUUUUUAACCAGGUGCAUCAGGCAUAUGAAGUGCUGAGUGAUGCUCACUCCAGAGCCAUCUAUGACCUCUUUGGCAAGAAAGGGUUGGAGGUGGAAGGCUGGGAGGUGGUGGAGAGGAAGAGAACUCCAGCAGAAAUUCGAGAGGAGUAUGAAAGGCUGCAGAGAGAAAGAGAAGAGAGAAGAUUGCACCAAAGAACCAACCCCAAGGGCACCAUCAGCGUGGGUGUGGAUGCAACAGACCUGUUUGACCGCUAUGAUGAGGACUUUGAAGAGAUGCCAGGAGGAGGAUUUCCUCAUAUUGAAAUCAACAAGAUGCAUAUUUCCCAGUCCAUAGAGGCUCCUUUGACGAACACUGACACAGCAGUGCUGUCUGGUUCACUCUCCACACACAAUGGGACCGGAGGGGGCAACAUUAACAUGACCGUCCGAAGGGUUACGUCGGCAAAGGGCUGGGGAGAGUUGGAGUUGGGAGCUGGGGAUAUACUUGGACCUCUUAUCGGAUUGAAGGUGUUUCGCAACAUCACCCAACGGUGUUUCUUGACAGCCCAGUGCGGUCUGCAGUUCUCUCCUCGAGGUUUGCGCCCCACCUGUUCUAUGAUGACAGCACGUCACCUGGACCAGAACACCAUGGGUUACCUGCAGUGGCGCUGGGGGCCCAGCAGUGCCAUGACGACCAGCCUGGUGCGGGACACAAAGAGCAGCCACUUCACUCUGGCUCUGCAGUUGGCGGUGGCUCACUCCUACCUGAUGAUGAGCUAUCAGUACAAGUUUCAGGAUGAAGACCAGACUAAAAUCAAAGGCUCUGUGAAGACAGGCUGGUUUGGUACUGUGGUGGAAUAUGGAGCAGAGAGGAAGAUCAGCCGACACAGUGUCCUGUCAGCCACUGUCAGCAUCGGGGUCCCUCAGGGGGUCACGCUCAAGAUCAAGUUAGCGCGUGCCAGUCAGACAUACCUGUUUCCAAUCCACCUCACAGAUCAGCUGCUGCCCAGCGCGGUCUUCUACGCCACCGUUGGACCCCUGCUUUUCUUCAUGGUCGUCCACAGACUGGUCGUCAUCCCAUAUACACAAGCACAGAAAGAGCAAGAUUUGGAGCUGCAGAGGAAGAGCUCGGCCGUAGACAUUGCCAAGAAGAAAACCGAGGCAGAGUCUGCUGUUCUGCUGAUGCAGGAGUCUGUGAGGAGAAUCAUAGAAGCGGAAGAAUCCAAGAUGGGUCUGAUCAUCCUGAAUGCCUGGUAUGGAAAGUUUGUGACGGACACCAGCCAGAAGCAGGAGAAAGCAAAGGUCAUCGACGUCACCGUGCCUCUGCAGUGCCUGGUCAAGGACUCCAAACUCAUCCUAACAGAGGCCUCUAAGGCUGGGUUGCCGGGCUUCUUCGACCCCUGUGUGGGAGAGGAUAAGAGUCUCAAGUUACUGUACCAGUUCCGAGGCGUCAUGCACCAAGUCAUCUGCGCCGACACCGAGGCACUACGGAUACCCAAGCAAUCUCACAGACUCGAGCCUGAGUCCUCCUAGGAGCCCACUACUGUUGCAGCACCAGAGGGCGAAACGCAGAUCAAACGGACUGUGUGUCAACAGAAAAAACGAGGGGACAAAUCAACAAUAAGUCUGUUACUCUCCUCUGGUCCUCUUCUGUCAUGGUAUUUAGUGAAUCUGUUUAUCCAGUUCCUCCACUUAUCCCUCUCCUCUGAGGUUCAGCAGAAUACAGGAGGCAGCUCACAGUGUGUGUCUCUCAGUCAAAUAUCUGACAGCUGCAGGAGAUCAGACACUGGCCCUGAACAUAGUUUUAUAUAUAAGUAAAUAUAUAUACAUAUAUGCACUACACAGAGGGACUGAUGGCCACUGCGGAUGUGGUGACCAUUCCUGUCCACGAUGAGCUCAAAGUGCACAUAUAUUUAAAGAAGUGUAUUGACAUUUUUUUAUGUCAAGUAUAUAGAAAUGAGCCGUAAUGUAAUUUUACCCCAUGUCAUUGUCGUCUUAGGGUAGGUUAAUCUAUUCAUGUUAUAACAUACCAGUCAUUUCAUUAACUCGUGCAAAUGUCUCUAAAAUGCAGAAUCAUUUCUCUGCGUAACUUGUGUUUUGGUUCACUUUAUUGAAAUGUCCCUAGUUCAUUUAUUUUACCUUUGAGUGACAUGUCUGCUGCUCAGGUGAAAACUGGUGCUCAAAACUUAUAUCUGUGAAGCUCGGAUAUGGAAGUUAGAGGAGGAAAAGUGAGAGAGAUGCCCUUUGAUGGUAGUGGUCCAACCAAGGCUUAAAUCUUUCAUACUGAAUUUUUAAUUCAGGCAAGACUGCAUUUUUAAAGCAGAAGUUCCCCUUCGAUUUGCGUCAGUGUUUAUCGAUUGUUGCUCUUCAGCUGCGGCCCAAUGAUUUUUAAUAAAUGGAGGUUGGGUGUGUACUUCACUGGUAUAGCAGCCCUAAGCCCCUGACAACAGUAACUACUGGUAUGCAUUUAUCAUAUUUAGGCCUAUGUAGAUAUGAUUAAAGCUGUUUGGCGUAGGUCAACACAUUCACUGUGACAGGCAAUAACUUGAGCUGACAGGAGCCACACUAAAACCCUCGUACUGAUCAUGGAACAUUAACAUGGCUGCAUUUAUUUGUUGGAUUGUGUCUGUUUGUACACCAGACGGGUGCCAUAUAUUUGUAUUUGUUGUUCUGUCCCUUUUUUUUUUUUUUAAUUGAAUUCAUCUGCUAUUGCCAUGUCCCUUCUUAUACAUGUAUAAGGUGCUAAACCAUGCUCAUCACUUACGUGAUAAUCAACACACCAUUAAUGUUGAUAUGGAUAGACCUAAUAUCAUGAUGCACUUUCUGUUCAGAUCUGUUGCAAUUUGAAAUUGUGGAUUGAAACUGUUACUACAAAGGGAAUAGCAUAAUUAAAAUGAUUGCUCCAUUUUGUUGGGAGACACCGUCAUGGGCUACGGUGAAUCCCUGAAAGCACUAUCAAAAAUAGUAUAUUGACCUAAAAUGUAUUUAUUUUCUUUGCACAAAAAGUACAUAUUAGAGGCUUGUCAUUAUGACAGUGGAGCUGAAGCCUCUAAAUUAAGUUGCGUACUUUUACUGAGUUUACAUCUAAGAAGUUAUGACAGGUUUAUUUUAUAUUGUGCAUUUUUUCCAUUGCUGCAAUUGACUCACAAGACGAGGGGGGUGUGUAGGCUCAAAAAUAAAAACAGGUAGCAUUACGAUGGAUACGUUUUUGUUAUUGGUUGAAAGGAUGUGUCUCUACAGUCAGAUCCAUAGCAGUCUUGUGUCACGAUUACAGCAGCCAUUUUGCACUUGACUGUUUGUAGCAUUUGUCUUCCCUCGUUAGUUUUAAGUGUGCUGUAAAGUGUUUUGACAGGUCAGCUGGUCACCUCUGCUCCAGUGCCGUCUUGAGGCGCCAUGGGGUCAGCAGAAAGACGGCUUCCCUGCUGUUCCACUCCUCAAACUGACCCACAUUAGUAUGUAAAUAUGCUGUAUGGUUGAGGAGCCUGUGUUCCCUGUCCUGUAAAAAGUACAAUAAAUAUGAAGCGAUCA